AAGUUAUUGAUUGAGGUUAUUUAUUUUAAGAGAAAUUGUGAACUUCUUAGCUCUACAUCAAUUUAGUAUAGAAACAUUCUAACUAUUUGUUCUGGAACAUCCUGACUACAGAAACGUCUUAAGCAACUACUAAGCCUCCAUUCAAUCCACAAGCUAUGGACAAUAUAUUUAGAAACGUCAGUGAUGUGCUUCAAGAGGAACGUGAUAUGAAUAUAAUCUGCUUUCUUAGGGACAAAGAAAUGGAGUAUACAAAGUCCAAAGGAAAAGAGAAAGUCAUCUAUGCAAAUAAGAGAAAAAUAUAAUGCUUACCCGAGGGUAUGGUUCUUUAACCAUUCAUUUGUCUUUUUGUUCUUUUCAUAAUAUAUUUAGCGACUAUAUGUUGAUUAGUGGUGUGGUCAUCCAUUUUCUUUGUACAAAAUUUCAACUAGAAUCUUCCCAUGCAAUUUAUAAUCUAACGUAUUUCUCACCAGCUUGGACAUCUUCGAGAUAAAAAUGUCGGUAUUAUGACCCGGGAGAGGUGAGACCUUGAAAUGGCGCAGGCAAAGUCCAAGGAAAAAGAGAAAUUAAUCUCUGCAAGUAAGGGAAAAGAAAAUGCAUUUCCAAUGGGAACUAAUGAUAGCACAAUAUAAAAAGCUUCCUUGGCACAACGUAAAAGGCGAGAACAAGAACGAAGUUCAAAAAAUCGCCCUUCGUAUCAAUUGGGGCAACUCUUAAGACGAAAGAGGGAUAGAGCGCUAUCGUGCAUCCAAUCGAUAAAAGCCACCUACUUCCCUUCUCUAACACCUACCCAUCGAGAAAUCAUGGAGCAUGGCACAGUUACAGUUCAGCAAUCCUAUAAGCGACAGAUGGUUAGUCGUCCUUCAUGUUCGAUCUCUGCGCAGAGCACAUCUUCGGCUACACAAAAUGAAAGAUCUACCCCUAAUAAUCAACUCCAUGAAGAACAAGAGACAGAUGUGGAAUUAGAGGUUGAUGUUAGAGUCCAUGUAAACUCAUCCUCUUUGAAUCUCACGCACGAAGAUAAUCUAUAUAGUGAAGAGGUAGAAGAUAUGCCUGUGGAAUUAAAGGUUGAUGCUAGAGCCCACGCAAAUUCAUGUCAGCAUUUUCUCGGCAAGAUGGAUGCAUUAUGUCCCUUUUGUAAAGCUUUACGUUGGGUGGACGAAAAAUUGGUAAAAUCGUCUAAAAAAAAUCCCUUAUUUGGAACUUGCUGCUUGCAAGGAAAGGUUAGGCUACCUUUGCUUAUGACACCUCCUCCACCAAUUCAAGCAUUGUAUGAUAGGAAUGAUGAUCGGUCUAAAUCGUUCCAAGCUAAAACUCGGGUUUACAAUGCAGCCAAUGCUUUCACGAGUUUUGGAGCCACAUUAGAUACAAGAGUAUUAAGCGAAAGGGGUCCAACAUCAUUCACUAUUCAUGGAGAAUUGCGACAUCGUACAGGAUCACUAAUGCCACUACCGAACCAAGAAGCAUCUUAUGCUCAACUUUACAUUUAUGACCCUAAUUCAACUCUUGAUAUUCGCAACUGUAGAAAUCCUAAAUUGAGAAGGGAUGUCCUUGGAACUAUUCAAGAUAGUUUGUUACAAGUUAAUCCAUUUGUUGGUAAAUUUUGCCAGGCUCAUGCGAUUUUAAAUCAACUAGCGGAUAGAAAACAAACUUUACCUGCUCAUAUCCAUUAUAGUCCCUCAACAAAUCGUCGACGAUAUAAUUUACCAACUGCGGAUGAGAUUGUUGUCAUUAUACCAGGAGAUAGGACUAAAGCGAGUGGGUUGAAAGACAUUAUUUUACAUUUAAGGGGAAACAAUGGGCUUAUGAAGAUAAAUGAAUGCCACCCAGCAUACUUGCUAUUGCAUUAUGUUUUGUUAUUUCCACAAGGUGAGCUUGGAUGGGACCCUGAUUUCAAGCAAUGGGAUGUUAGUAAUGAUAAGGCUUCAACUGAUCGGCUCACCCAAUUGCAGUUUUACAGCCAUCGUUUGUUUGAGCGUCAUAUCAAGUAUUCAACUAUUUUGAGAGGAGGCAAACUAUUCCAAGAAUUCUUGGUAGAUGCUUGGGCCUCAACAGAACAAAAUCGGUUGACAUUCUAUAAGGUGAAUCAAGGAAAACUUUGUGUUGAGCUUUAUGAAGAUUUGAAAGAUAUUGGUCCAAAUGAAUUGGGACCCAAUCAAAUUGGUAAAAGGGUCGUUUUGCCAUCUUCAUUUACUAGUGGUCCCAGACAUAUGUUCGAAAUAUUUCAAGACUCAAUGGCUAUCAUGCAAUAUAACCACCACCCUGAUAUCUUUCUCACAAUGACUGUAAAUCCCAGUUGGCCAGAAAUUAUUGCCGCUUUGUUAUCGCAUCAGAAAGCUAUUGACCGCCCGGAUUUAAUUGCUCGUGUUUUCGAGUUGAAAAGGAAGGCAUUGAUGAAGGAGACAGAAACAGACAAAGUGUUCAGUAAGAAAGUUGCACAUGUUUUUACGAUUGAAUACCAGAAGCGGGGGCUACUGUAG